AUUAUCGAAAGGUUUAAAUAUCGAAACAUCGACAGGAAGAGUAAAUAAAUAAACGGCGAAAAUGUCGUAUAGAAAAAAUAAUUACAAUCCGCAGCGUGACUUUAACAGACACAAAAAUGAAAUAAAAGAACGCUCCAAAACAUGGGGCCAACAAAAGUUCAGGCCCACUCCAUAUGUGCGCACAGCACCACCUCCAGUGCCCGAGGAGGCGAAACCCUGGCAGCACGUGAAGAACGACAUUGUAGGCGAUGAACAGGAAGCGCGUAGUGCAGAUCGCUUUAAUAUGGAUAGUCAGCAGGCUAAGGAUAUCCUGAAAGAACGCGAGAAGAAUCACAGGCGCAAUGUUAUCGAAGCACAGCGUAAUCAAACAACCACUUGGGAAAGCUUCAAUGAUAACGACAACGAUGAUGGCUCAUCCAAGGCGAAGGCGAAAUCCAACGCCCAGGGAAAUCCCAAUAGCAAGGAGAAACUCAACGCUCAGGGGAAGCAGAAAGCCAACGGGAAGUUCAACGCUCACGGAAAACCUUAUGCCAAAGGGAAGUUCAAAGCUCAGGGGAAGCCGAACGCAAACGGGAAGUUCAACGCUCACAGAAAGCCUUAUGCCAAAGAGAAGCCUUUCACGCAGACGACGCCCAGCAUCUCUGAAAAACAAAAGUCUAUGAUAAACAUCACAGAUCAGCGGCAACUAAACGAUAAACAGCGUAAUGUUAUGCGCAGGAAGCUUACACGCGUAGCAAAUCGUGCAUAUGAUAAAGGAGAAGAUAUGGACUUCAUGAUCAACGAUUUGAGGAACAACUAUGCCACAAAUCCAAACAAUAAGUUUCGAAAUUAAAUAUAACAUACAUAUAUAAGUACUACACACUUUAAUGUAAAUCAGAACUUAGACAUAGGGGGAGAGUAUAAGUGAAAUUGUUUUUCUCUUUGCAAAAAUAAUAAAUAUUGUAAACUAAAAACA